AUUUGAAGUGAAUGGCAAUGUCCGAUGAGGAGUUAUUUGUUGGUGAUGAAAAUGAUACUAAUUCGAAAGUCCCCGCACAUGAAGCAGAUUCACACGAUCCAACAAUGCAACAGCAGAAUUCAAACUUAAAUGUUGCUGGUUCGAGUUCGAUUUCAAGUUCAAGUCCCGGACAGAGUGGUACAAAUAUCAUUCCUCAGAAACGUUUGUUUUCACCGAAUAGUUCAGCUUGUACAGGUGUUACCCAUCGUCCAUCAGUCGAUCUGUCUGCUUGUGGUUCCGAAUUUGCACGCUCUCCGGAUGAUGCUAUACGUCAUGACUCGAAAACCGAAGGUUCAAUAAAGCUUAAUAUAUCGAACAUGGGAGCACUGAGACAAAAAGUAACCACGUCUUUCCAUACAAUUGCGAACCUACCAUGGCGUUUGGCAGCUAAAACCGAAUGUACGAAGCGAACCAGCAAUGUAAAGUUUUUCAGUGUAUACAUAGAUUGCAAUCCGGAAAGUGAAUCAACAUUGUGGAGUUGUGAUGCUAUCGUUGAGUUCCGCUUGAUUUCCCAAAAAGCCGACAUUCCUAAUUUUAGUCGUCAGUUUACAAACAAGUUCAAUUAUAAUUCAAAUAAUUGGGGCUUUCCGUCGUUCAUGGAGUGGAACGAAAUACUGAAUGUCGAUAAAGGUUUCAUCCGUGGCGAUCGUGUUGUAGUUGAAGCACAUAUUACUGUACAGAAAGUCGUUGGUGUGAGAAAAAAUCCGACAUUUGAUUUCACCGUCCCACAGCCACAUACGUCAGAUGGCGUGCUUGUUAUCGAUGGUAUUCGUUUGCAUGUUAGCAAAGCGUAUCUGGCCUUGUAUUCACCCGUUUUCCACGCUAUGUUCUUUUCAAAGUUUAGUGAAAGAGACAAAAAAGAAAUCACUGUUGAGGACGUCAUUCUUGACGAAUUCAUUGAAUUACUAAGCGUUGUAUAUCCGUCUCAUAAACCGGUAUCAGCUGAAAAUGUAGAAUUUUUGCUGGAGCUUGGUGAUAAAUUCGAAAUUCAAUUUGUAAUCGAUGAAUGUGAGAGAUUUCUGAUGCGAUCCGAUGACAUUGCUGUAGUCACGAAACUUGUUUGGGCUGAUCAGUAUUGUCUUGCUAAAUUACAGGAUGUUUGUGUGCGAACCUUCAAACAGCCAGCUGAUAUAAAAGCCCUCAAACAAACUGAAGAAUACAAAAAUCUAAGUGAUACAACAAAAGCCGCUCUUCUGGAGAAAAUUUUCAAAUUACUUUGAUUUGAAACAAAUUCCUAUCAAAUUGCAUGUUCCCCAUUAUUUUCUCAACUCACAAUUUUUGCUGUUAACGGAAUUAAUGGGCAAGGUAGCAUUUAGGUAUCAGGUGUCUUUCCGUUUGAUACAGUUUGGUAGUUAGGUCAGACGUUAGAUAAAUGACUGUCAUAUCAAAUACUACUCCAGAUUUGCCUUUUUCCGCAUUAAGUUGAUCAAAAGGUAAAU